GGCGGCGUGGGGGCGCGGGCUGGUGAGCGGGGGGUACAUGGUGGGGCUGGGGAGGCAGCGGGGGUCGUGCCGAGGAGCUGCGGCGCCAUGUGUUCCUUAGCGCUGUUCCCCCCCCCGCCGCCCCCCGGCGACAUCACCCUCUACGAGUUCAACAACGCGUUGGUUUGCGGCCGCACCUCGGAGCUCCCGCUGCCCUUCCAGAACCAGGUGGCCGAGCUGCCUGUGCCCACCCUGCCCAGGGAGACCCUCAAGGCUCCCGGCCGCCUGGAGCCCAGCGCCCGCCCGGCCUUCAUCCACCACCGCGAGGCCCUAUGGAAACGCUGCCUCAGUGCAUGGCGGGACGUGGGGCUGUGUGGGCUGCUCGCAGAGGUGGCUGCUGCCGAGGACGAGGGGCCGCAGUGGCUGAACGCGACCUCGCAGUUCCUGCUGGCCCUGUGCCGCUGGCUUUCCUCGCUGCACGGCUCCUUCUUCCCACACCUCUCCCUCAGCACUGAGGACAUGAUCGCGACGUUCUCCCAGGCUGUGGAUUGGGCCGGCUGCACAAUCCGUGCCUUCGCCUGGCACCCCCACACCAGCAAGUUCGCUGCGGCUCUUCUGGACGACUCCAUUCGGGUCUAUAACUCCAGCAGCGUCACCGUCCCCUCGCUGAAGCACCGGCUGCAGCGGAACGUGGCGGCCGUGGCCUGGAAGCCGCUCUGCGCCUCCAUCCUGGCCGUCGCCUGCCAGAGCUGCGUCCUGCUGUGGCACUUGGACCCCACCUCCCUCUCCACCAGACCCUCGUCCGGCUGUGCCCAGGUGUUGUCCUACCCCGGUCACAGCCCUGUCACCAGCCUGGCCUGGGCUCCUGGGGGGCAGCUGCUGCUCUCGGCAUCCCCUGCUGAUACGGCCAUGCUGGUGUGGGACGUCUCCACCGAAAGCUGCGUCCAGCUGCCGUGGUUCGGGGGUGGUGGUGUCACCUACUUGUCCUGGUCACCAGAUGGCAGCAAGGUCCUGGCGGCCACCCCCUCGGCCGUGUUCAGAGUGUGGGAGGCUCAGACGUGGACGUGCGAGCGCUGGCCCACGAUCACGGGACGCUGCCAGACAGGGUGCUGGAGCCCCGACGGCAGCCGCCUGCUCUUCUCAGUGCUGGGGGAAUCUGUCAUCUACUCCCUGUCCUUCUCAGAGCCCCGGGGGGAGAUGCAGGGGCAAGUGGGAGGCUCCAAAACAGCCUCUGUGGUGGCAGAUCUGUCCGAAACCACCUUCGAGACGCUCUACGGGGAGGAGAGGAUCGGAGGAGAAAUCCACUCCAUGGCGUGGGAUCCCACUGGGGAGAGAUUAGCGGUGAUCGUCAGAGGACAGCGCGACGCCCCCGGCAGCCAGACGGUCGUCGCCGUGUUUCGCACCCGCAACAGCCCCGUGUUCGAGCUCCUGCCCUGCGGGUUCCUGCGCGGCGAGCGGGACGCGCAGCCCCAGCUCGUGGCCUUCCAGCCGUGCUUCGGGAAGGGCGCCCUCCUGACCGUGUGCUGGUCCACAGGGAAGAUCAGCCACGUCCCCUUCUUCUUCGUCAGCGGCCGCGUCCCCCGCGCCAGCCCCGGCCGCAGCCCCGCGGUGCCCGUGGCCGCCGGGCGGGAGCAGCCGCUCUUCUCGGAGCUCUGACCCCACCGCCCCCUUCCUCCUCCUCCUCCUCCUCCUCCCGGGACACGUGUGGCCUCAGGCGGCUCCGGCACCUCCGUGGGGGUUCGCUGGGUGGAUUAAAUCUGGGUCCUUUUCUC